AUGGCAAAACGAUAAAAACUCUGGAGUAUAUUUGAGAAACCUGUCCUGGCUUUCAUUUUAGUUGGCUAGAGAUCAGAUUCUCUGAUUUAUGUCACUAAUAAGAAGAAAAUAUGCAAGGAAAUUGGUAUUGAAUGCAUUGGACUUGAACUAGAGGAAUCAGUAUCAUAAGAUGAACUUUCAUUGAGAGUUUAAGAAUUGUAAUCAGAUCCCAGAGUUUGUGGUAUUCUUGUAUAAUUACCACUCCCUAAACAUAUUGAUGAAAACAAGAUUCUUGAUUUAAUUUCUCCAGAUAAAGAUGUAGAUGGCUUUCAUCCAUAUAAUAUUGGAAAUUUGGCAUUAAAAGGAAGAGAGCCGUUUUUUGUUUCCUGCACUCCAUAGGCUGUCCUAGAAUUGAUCAAAUCUGUAUGUCCAGACAUUCAAGGUAAGAAUGUAACAAUAGUGGGAAAAAGUAAUAUAGUGGGAUUACCACUUUCUCUCUUGCUUAAUAACCACAAUGCCACUGUCAGUUUAUGUCACAGCCAAACAAUGAAUUUAGAAGAAUAUGUGAGAAGAUCUGACAUCUUUGUAGCUGCUAUUGGGAAAAUUUCAUAUUUCAAAGGAGAAUGGAUAAAAGAGGGAGCAAUAGUAAUUGAUGUGGGUAUUAAUGUGAUAACAUAGUUGGACAAAGAAGGUAAUUAAUAGAGGUUAGUAUAUGGAGAUGUCGAAUUUAAUAAGGCUAUUGAAAUAUGCUCAUAUAUAACACCAGUACCAGGUGGUGUUGGGCCCAUGACAAUUGCGAUGCUUAUGAAAAAUAUUUUAAUAAGCUGGGAAAGAUUAAAUGGAAUACAAAUGAGAUGA